CGGUUGAGCCUUUGAGUCUUUUUUUGGUUAAGUUAUUUCAUGAACGGAUGUGACGCGAGAGAUCACGUGGUUGAUGCGCAUUCUCAAUUUCAACUGUAACCGCCGGUGUCAAUUUUAGCUCAGAUCUCUCACUUUUGCGUUAAUUUCAGUAUCAUUUUUUUUCCUCUCAAUAAAACUUGUCUAUUUGCCUUGGUGGUUUCAUCCUUCACAUAUUUGCCCAUUUAAAUUUCAAUAUUAUUGACUUUUGUAUAUUAUUUGUUAAAGUGUCUUCAACAUUGUAAUUAAUCUCUUUCUUUUCUCACCACCAUGUCAUCUGGAGUUACUGUAUCCACGGAAGCAAAAACCGUAUAUGAAGAAGUUAAAAAGGAUAGGAAAUACCGAUAUAUAAUCUACCAUAUAAAGGAUGAAAGAGUAAUUGAUGUGGAAUCAACAGGACCUCGGGAUGCAACUUAUGCCGAUUUUCUAGAGGAAUUAAACAAAUUCAAGACAGAAUGUCGUUACUGUGUUUUCGAUUUCCCGGCCAAUAUUCCCGUUGAGGGAUCGCAGGAUACGCAAAGUAUGAGUGUUAACAGACUCAUUCUCAUGAGAUGGUGCCCAGAGGGGGCUAGAGUUAAACAAAAGAUGCUUUACUCAAGUAGUUACGAAGCUCUUAAAAGAGCACUAGUUGGAAUCUACAAAUACAUCCAAGCAUGUGAAUUCGAGGAGGCCAGUCAAGCAGCCAUUGAUGAUGCCUUCAGGAAGAGCGGAGGAAAAUAGUCUUGCAAACGACACAAAGCAUAAAAUCCUUCCCCACCUUCUUUGAAUUUCUAACAAGAUCUAAUUUGUCUUACAAUCAAAGUGAUAAUGUAUUAAUACCAUUCAAUUGUGUAACUCCAGUCUGUAACUCAAUCUAUCAUUGAUUCAUUUAAUUACCUCAAUCAUUUUGUUUUGUUUCCUUCAAUCGGCUGUAAUUGCUACAGAAUAAUUAAAUUAGAUGAUUAAUAAGACAACAAUAAAUUGAUCAUUUUUAACCUUUCAAAA